AUGGCUGCCAGACUUGCUUUCCAGCGGCGCGCCGCCCGGGCUACUGCCGCCGCCCUCGUUGGCUCCUUUGCCCUCAUUCCCACGGUCGCCUUCGCCGAAGCCUCCGAGAGCCGUGCCUCUGCCAGAAAGCCCAUCUACGACGAUGACUUCGACGCUGUGCCAUCCACCACUCCCUCCUUCACCACCGCCGAGACCACCACAAAAGACGUCAGCUCUCCCGCCUCUGCCACCCUAAACGCCCCCGUCACCAAGAGGGCCCCCGGCGACAAGAAGACCUUCACCGAUAGCCUCAUCGACGUCCUCGCCAGCACCAACACCCCCCGCGGCCCUACCCCCACCGAUCGUCUGGCCGCCCAGAUCCGCCGCGCCCGCCUCUUCCUCUACGACCAAGCCUGCGUCGCCGAGGAUGCUGUCAACAACGGCAUGGCUCGCGCCUUCGACCUCGAGCACUCCUUCACCUCCACCGUCGCCGGUCUUGCCCCUCCCCGUGAGACCGGCGAGCGCCUCAUGCCCGGUCUCAUCUACGUUCUCGUCUCGGGUAUGGCCGGCAGCAUUGUUGCGCGCAACCGCGGCGUUGUCCUCCGUGGCGCCACCCCUCUCGCCCUCGGUCUCGGCGCCGCCUGGGCCGUCCUCCCCGUCACCAUGAACAACGUCAGCGCGCUUGCGUGGAAGUACGAGCAAAAGUUCCCUGCCGUGGCGGAUGCGCACAUCAGGACCCGCGAGGGCAUCGAGAAGGGUAUUCACAUGGCCAAGGUGCACACUGAGAUUGCGCACCAGAAGGUCGAUGAGGCGGUUACCGGCGUGAGGGAGACGGUUGAGGGAUGGGUUCGCAAGGGCAAAUAA